AUGCCAUUAUUAUCACCAAUUGCUAUUGAUGCAAACUAUGAUGAUAACAACAUUGACAACAUUGACAACAACCAUAUCAUUCCAACAAACAAUGAUAUGAUUAUAAACAACAACAAUAGUGAUAGCGGAGGAGAUGUUAAUAAUGACAUCAUCAACAACAAAGGUGAUGACGAUGUAGCUAUAAACAAUGAACUCAAGAAGAAUACCCUGUCACUGACUCAUUGUCUGGCCAUGUCCAUCUCGGGCAUUGGACCAACUUGCGGACUUUACUUUGUCGUUGGCCAGAUCGCCAAGGUGGCUGGAGCCAACGUACCCUUCACACUGAUCCUGGCAACGAUUUGCUGCCUGUCGAUGGCAUCUACGAUCAGCACGUUUGGAAACUAUAUAUAUAGCUCGGCGUCGUUCUACUGCUACGUGUCCGAGGGUCUCGGAGGCACGAUGGGCUUCAUUACUGGCUGGUUCAUGCUGGUCGGCUAUGGCAUACUCACCGUGCAGACCGUCAUCCAGUUCAGCUCGUGGACGUCCGAUGUAUUCAUGAACGACCUGUCGGCCGAUGUGCCCUGGGUUGUGUUUGCCGCCAUCGUACUGGUACUAAUCGGUUCACUGGCAUACAUUGGUAUCAACCCAGCGCUCAAGAUCAGUCUGGUGUUGGUGUGUUGCGAGACCGUAAUCCUGCUGGUGCUCACAGUCAUCAUCGUGGCCAAGGGUGGUGCCGAGGGUAACUACCCCCUGGCGUUCACACCUGUCGGCAAGUACAGCGGCGGCUUUGGUGGCUUGAGUACUGGAUUGGUGUUCUCGAUCCUCGUCUUUGUCGGCUUUGAGUCGGCUGCCAUUCUAGGCGCCGAGACUAAGAACCCCAGACGCACCAUCCCCCAGGCUGUGGUCGGCAGUGUCCUCAUCACAUCCACAUGGAUGACCUGGGGCAUGUACGCCGUGAUCAUUGCCGUGGGACCAAGCAAUGCCUUCACACUAUACGAGAUCAACUCGCCCAUGCACGUGUUUGCCAAGAAGUACAUUGGACAGUGGUUCGCCUAUCUUAUCGAUAUUGCAGGCAUCAGCACGACGUUCAACGUGUGCACGGUGAGCUUCAACAAUAUGUACAGGAUACUCUACUCGCUGGGCAAGGCCGACAUGCACCCAUCAUUCAACCUGCUCGCCAAGACAUCUGUGCGCUUCAAGACUCCAUUGGCAUCGAUCAUCUUCUUCACGAUUGCACAGGCAGUGUUUGUCAUCAUCAUUGCCGCAUGCUUUGGACUCAAGACCACUGGCUCAUGGAAGGCCUAUGGCUACCUGUCGUACAUUGGCACACUCCCACUGAUCUUUGUCUUUAUCUUUACCAACAUUGCCGUGAUCUUCUACGUCAAGAACAAGCAUCCACAGGACUUCCACAGGUUCUACCAUCUGGCGCUACCAAUCUUCUCUGGACUGCUCUUUGUCAUUGUGCUGUUUGGCAACUUUUAUCCAGACUAUCCAACACCGCCCAACUCCUACUGGCUCAUCUUUUUGGGUGUGGCUAUGCUGGCAGGCAUCAUCCUGGCGCUGGUGCUCAGGAGCAAGAAGGGUAUGUUUGAGAACAUGUUGUUAAUGAUCCAGAGUGGAGGUGAGGAAACAAACAGUGAACCAAAGCAUGUCCACAUUCAAUAA